AGGCCAAAUAAUCUCACUUUUAUACUUAUGCAUGCUUUAGCACUCUUUAUGAUCUUCACAUCUAAAUUGGCCAUUGCUAUUGGUGAAACUCUAAAUAUUGAAAAUUUUGGGGCCAACCCUAAUGGGGAAACUGACUCAACAAAUGCAAUCCUUACUACGUGGGCUAGAGCAUGUAGCUCAACAGCACCAACCACAAUUUAUGUGCCAAAAGGAAAGUUCUUAGUUAGUGAUAGUGUAGUGUUUAAGGGUAGUUGCAAUAACAAUGAUAUCACGGUUAUUAUCGAUGGUACAUUAUUAGCAAAUUCUAAUUAUGAUGUUAUUGGAAAUGAAGAGAGUUGGUUGCUUUUUGAAGAUGUUGAUGGAGUUUCAAUUAUUGGUAAUGGUUUUCUUGAUGGUCAAGGCACAAGUUUGUGGGAUUGUAAGAGAUCCGGUGAGAGUUGUCCAAUGGGUGCUACGAACUUGAGAUUUAGAAAUUCCAACAACAUAGUUAUCAAUGGGAUAACCUCAUUGAAUAGUCAAAUGUUUCACAUAGUGAUAGACAAAUGCAAUAAUGUCAAAAUACAAGAGGUUAAGAUAUCAGCUGCAGAAAAUAGUCCUAACACAGAUGGUAUUCAUGUUGAAUCCUCAUCAAGUGUCAACAUUCUCAAUUCCAAUAUAGCAACAGGUGAUGAUUGCAUCUCAAUUGGGCCUGGAACAACAAAUUUAUGGAUAGAAGAUAUUGUUUGUGGUCCUGGUCAUGGAAUUAGUGUUGGAAGUUUGGGGAAGGAAUUUGAAGAGCUUGGUGUGGAACACGUGACAGUUAAAACAGUGAAAUUUAUCGGAACAACCAAUGGUGUACGAAUUAAGUCUUGGGGGAAACCUAGCAAUGGAUUUGCAAGAAACAUCCUUUUCCAACAUGUUACUAUGGUUAAUGUUCAAACUCCUAUUUUGAUCGACCAAAAUUAUUGUCCUGGUCGAAAGGAUUGUCCCAGUCAGGCUUCAGGGAUUAAAAUUAGCAACAUUAUGUACCAAAAUAUUCAUGGAACUUCAGCAACAGAGGUAGGAGUUAAAUUUGAUUGCAGUCCAACAAAUCCAUGCACUGGAAUAUGCUUAGAAGAUGUGAUGCUUACAUAUGAAAACCAACAUGGUGAACCAUUAUCAUUAUAUAACAAUGCAUUAGUUCAAUCCAACAAUUGUGUAGUUCAACCUGGUGAACCCACCACUAGUGGAGUGAAGCACAAUCAACCAUUUUUACUAAUGGAACCAUUACCCUCAAUCAACAAAGUUUACUAUAUGGUUACUCAAGAAGAGAGCAACAAUGUUGCAUUACUAACACAACCUGAUAAUGUUACUAUUUCUGAGGAUUCCAAUACUCUGAUUAAUGUUGCUUAUGAUUCAAGAAAAUCACAAGAUCGUGGCAAAGGUCAUGCAUCGUCUUUUAAUGGACAUGGCAAGAAAGAUUGUUACUGCACUUAUUGCAACAGGCGAGGUCACACAAUAGACACAUGA